UUGUAGGUUGAUGGUGUAAUUUUUAUGGACGAAGUGUACAAAGUGGGUGUAAGAAAGCUGAGAAGAUCGAAAUCAAAUGCAUGGGUCCCACUUCUGUCUUAUGUGCAACAUCAUCGUAUAAAUUUAUAUCCGUUUCAUGCCGAUGAUCAUAGUGUUGCUUCUAUUUUUGCUUUCUUUUAUGGAUUUGUGUCGUUUUUGAAAUCUAUCCGACCGAAAGUUGUGAAAUCUCCUUCAGUUGCAAUGAGUGGAUUAGAGAAGCUGGGAAAUGCAAGAUCGCCUCUUUGCCCGAAACAGAUCCCAAUUUUACAGGAUUAUAACAUAACAGAUACAGUACUUGGACUAGGUAUAAACGGAAAAGUUGUGGAGUGUUAUGACAAGCAAACUGGAAUGAAAUAUGCUCUGAAAGUUUUACGAGAUUCUUCAAAGGCAAGAAGAGAAGUAGAGUUACAUUGGAGAGCUAGUAAUUGUCGACAUAUUGUUAACAUAAUUGAUGUUUAUGAAAAUAUGUAUGGUGGCUACAAGUGCUUAUUAGUAGUCAUGGAGUGGAUUGGAACCCAAAGUGUCAGUGGUAGAGGAGCUUGUUCUCUGGGAAAAUCCAUGGGUCUGGAUGUGGAUGAGAGAGAUGUGAACGAACUCGUUGAGGAACAGUCUCAGGAGCUGACAACCGAGGAAUUACGUGAUCUACAUUUGCAGCAGCAUACGGAGGUUCAACGAAAAAUUGGUUUUGAAGAGGAGCCUUAG